GGGGGGGAAGAUGGCAGCCCUGCCUUCCAAGGCUUCGGGAAGGUCACAGCCCCGUCUACCUACGCAGCAGAAGAUAUUAAUAAGACGUUACGUGAUGGUUCUGGUGGGCAGCCUUGUUUCCCAUCAGGAUGCUCCCAUUCAACUUUGAUGGGAAACCCCAACUGGUACCCGGAGGGGAGGCUGGAUGCCAGAGCCCACCGAGCCUGCCCUGCACCGGCUGUCACACUACCUGCUGGCCCACUACCAGAAGGGCACCCGGCCUGUGCGGGACUGGCGGACGACCACCAAUGUGGCCAUCGACCUCAUGGUCUACGCCAUCCUCAGCGUGGAUGAGAAGAACCAGGUGCUGACCACCUACAUCUGGUACAGGCAGCACUGGACAGACGAAUUCCUCAGGUGGGACCCGGCACGCUUCGACAACCUGACGCAGAUCUCCCUCCCCGCGGAGAGCAUCUGGGUGCCUGACAUCCUCAUCAAUGAGUUCGUGGAUGUCGGAAAGUCCCCCCAUGUCCCCUACGUCUACGUUGGCCACCACGGGGAGGUGCAGAACCUCAAACCGAUCCAGGUGAUGACCGCCUGCAGCCUGGACAUCUACAACUUCCCCUUCGACGUUCAGAACUGCUCGCUCACUUUCACCAGCUGGCUGCACCACAUCCGCGACAUCAACCUCUCGCUGUGGCGGCAGCCGGAGCUGGUCAAGUUCGACCGGAGUGUCUUCAUGAACCAGGGCGAGUGGGAGCUGCUCUACGUCCUCAGCCGCUUCCAGGAGUUCAGUGUCAAGAGCAGUGACAGCUACGCCGAGAUGAAGUUCUACGUGGUCAUCCGGAGACGCCCCCUCUUCUACACUGUCAGCCUGCUGCUCCCCAGCAUCUUCCUGAUGGUUAUGGACAUUGUGGGCUUCUACCUACCUCCCAACAGUGGCGAGAGGGUCUCUUUCAAGAUCACCCUCCUGCUGGGCUACUCGGUUUUCCUCAUCAUCGUAUCCGACACGCUGCCAGCUACUGCCGUUGGCACCCCAUUGAUAGGCAUUUACUUUGUGGUGUGCAUGGCACUGCUCGUCAUCAGCCUGACGGAGACCAUCCUGAUCGUGCGCCUGGUGCACAAGCAGGACCUGCAGCCCCACGUCCCUGAGUGGGUGAAGCGCCUGCUGCUGGAACGAGCCACUGUCCUGCUCUGCAUCCAGGAUGGGAGGACAUUGAGCCCAAGCAGGACGCGGAGCUCGGACAUCUCCAGGGAGGUGGAGAACAACGACAGUGCAGCCAAGCUGAGCCACCACGGCUGCGAGGACCCCCGGGAGUGUGAGGCAGCGGGGGCCAUGAGGCCCGCACCGGCCUUUGCUGGCCAGGCGGAGGGCUCCCCGCUGAUGCACAGCGUCCUGCGUGAGAUCACUGCCAUCCGCCAGUUCCUGGAGAAACGCGAGGAGUUUCGUGACGUUGCCCGCGAAUGGCUGCAAGUAGGCUACGUGUUGGAUGUCCUGCUCUUCCGGGCGUACCUGGCGGCCGUCCUGGCCUACAGCAUCACCCUGGGCACCCUCUGGUCGGUGUGGCGGGACGCCUGAGCGGUGCCCGCCUCGGGGGGCAGGCGAGGCGGGGACCCCAGACGCUGCCCCUCGCCUCCGGGCCUCGCCGCUCUUCGCUGACCCGGGCUGGCGCGUCCGCCGCCAGCCCCGCCAGCCCCCCAGCAGCCGCAUCUGAGCACGAUGGCGGAGCUGAGGAGGAACCACCCAGCACCGCCGACCCCUGCCCCAGCCUUCCACCGCGCUUCCCUCCCGACCCGGCCCCGCCAGCGGCCCGACCAGCGGCCGCCGCCGCCUUCAGCACCGCGGACAGCGGCCCCGCC